UACAUUCAACAUUUAAUACUCAAUAUACAUUUGUACAUGUGAAAUGUCUUUAGUCAAAUAUUUAAACCGCUCCGUGGGUGAAACCAGCAAAAAAGUUGUAGGCAGAGUCUGCACACUAAAGCCGAUCGAGGCUGAACACUGUACCAUACGUUUAAAUGACGGGUUGAACGUAAUUGGACGCAGUAAGGACACGGGAAUACGAGAUGCUCGCUGUUCUAAGCAGCAACUACAACUGAAGGUAGAUUUCGCCAGCAGCACCAUUUCAAUGAAGGUGCUGGGUUUAAAUCCUAGCAGCGUCAAUGGACUUAUGGUAAUGCAGCACACAGAAUGCGAGCUGCAGCACGGCGAUAUUUUGGAGAUAGUUUAUAACCGACAUCCAUAUGAGGUCGUGUUUAAUCCACCGCCAGUGAAUAUAGAAGCAACCGGCGUAGAUCAAGCCGCCAAUGUAAGAGGGUGCAGUGACGUAGAAAAGUGGGAUUCUGCUGCAAGUGGAAAAUUGGUUAUCUACACUAGCGCUGGAGUGGCGCCUUCUGACAAGAUUGCUGGCUACGACAUGGACGGCACAAUAAUUAAGACUCUAUCAGGCAAUGUAUUUCCCAAAAACACGGAUGACUGGCAAAUAAUUUUCCCAGAAGUUCCACAGAAACUGCAACGUCUUUAUCGGGAUGGCUUCAAGAUUUGCUUUUUUACUAAUCAAGGAGGAAUAGCGCGCGGCAAAAUCAAAUUAGACGAUUUUAAAGUAAAGAUUAAGCUAAUUGCGAAAAAAUUAGGUGUGCCUGUGCAGGUUUUUAUAGCUGUAGGCGAUGGUUACUAUCGCAAACCCUUGCCAGGUAUGUGGGAGCACCUAGUCGAAGAAAUGAAUGAUGGCGUGCCCAUUAAACUUGAACGCAGCUUUUUUGUCGGCGAUGCGGCUGGCAGACCGGAGACGGGCAAAGGUGCAACAAAACAACGCAAAGACCACUCCUUGGCCGAUAGAUUGUUUGCUCAUAAUAUUGGAAUUACGUUUUAUACGCCAGAAGUGCAUUUCCUGGGCAAGCGUAUCGAACAGUGGGAUAAGCCUGAUUUUGAUCCGAGCAGCGUACAUGAUCAAGUGCCACAAUUCGAACCAGAUGAUGUAGAAUUUACCACAGACAAAUGCGAAAUGAUAAUAAUGGUGGGCUUGCCCGGUUCGGGCAAAAGCCAUUUCUGCGAGACGUUCUUGGUCAGUCGGGGUUAUAAAAUCGCAAACGCAGACACUUUGGGCAGCACGCAGGCUUGCCUCAAAGCUUGCCGACGUUUUCUGGAAGCUGGUCAGUCAUGUGUUGUUGACAACACAAAUGUAGAUGCAGCAUCACGUCAGAAAUUUCUUCAGUUGGCUGCUGAAAUGAAAAUCGAGUGUCGUUGUUUCGUCAUGAAUCUUACGGUGUCCCAGGCAAAGCAUAAUAUUGUUUUUCGAGAGCUCUCUGACACUUCGCACUCGAAGAUCAACGACAUGGUUUUCAAUAUGAUGAAGAAAAAGUACAAAACACCUACCUUGGAGGAGGGUUUCUCAAAGAUUUAUAAAAUUAACUUUGUACCGAAAUUUGCAAGCGACAAGGAUAUGAGAUUAUAUAAGAUGUAUUUGCUUGAAAAGUAGAACUUAUGUAUUACCUAAUCUAAUGUAAAUAUUCUUUUGGCUAUGUCGCCAAUCAGCCAGUCCAUGGAACUUAAAAGCUUUUCUCCCGUCACUGCGCUGACACCUACGACUAGCCAGUGAUGGGUUGUAAUGUCAUCUAGUUGCAGCAACUGUGAAGCAAAUAAAUGUUAAUAACCUGUUGCAAAAACAUAA